AUGUACAUCAAACCGCUGGCACUCGUCACCAUGACAAUGGCCAGCGGCUCGCAGCUUAAUAUAAUAGAAGUCCACUUUGUCAUAGAAAGCACCCAAGGAGCUAUAUGGGAUGUGCCUUUCCCAGCAGUAACGAUUUGUGACUUGAAUAUGAUAUCACGAUCAGGAGCCUUGUCUUUUGCAAACAACCUGACUCUACCACAGAAUAUGACUGCGGAGUAUAUAUUGCAAACGCUUAGGUUGGCACCUCUGCUUCAUUCACCAAUAAGUUCAGAUGACCAAACUAAAAAACAUUUAAGUAACCUACAGGAUGUACUAGAUCUUAACGAGAUUACUGUAGAAACUUUAUUUCGCAACCUAUCACCAACGUUAUCUUGUAAUAAUCUGGUGCAGCGAUGUAUGUGGAAGAACACUAUAUACAGAUGCGAGCAAUUAUUUCAACAAAUCUUCACCGUAAACACACUAUGCUGUACCUUCAAUUAUUACGCAAUUGAUUUUAGCUUGAUGAGCAAGAAUUUUGAACUUCUACAAACGUCAAGUCCACGCAGAGUUGCUUCGUGUGGUUAUCAAACAGCACUCACAGUUCUAUUGCAUUCGAAUCCUGAAGAUUAUUAUAGCACAGUCUCAGCUUCGCGUGGUAUACUUGUUUACAUUGACGAUGCAUAUAACAUUCCUGAUUUUGAUUCUCCUGUUCGUAUUGUGAACCCAUUUUCGGAAGUCCUGAUUGCGCUGUCUCCUGAACGAACAUACAGUACUCCUGGAGUUAAGUCGUUCUCGCCAGAUCAACGUCAGUGCUAUUAUAAUGACGAGGUGAAAAUAGGCAGCUUUAAUCAAUAUUCCUUUCAUAACUGUUUGGCAUUGAAGAAAGUAGAGCUUACAAGAAAACUAUGUGACUGUGUCCCAUUCUACUUUCCAGUCAAAGAUAAAGUUGAAGAAAACACAGAUGAGUUUCAAUGUUUGCCUGAAUGUGAACAUUUCGAUUAUCCCCUGGAAGUGGCACUUGGAAAAUUGUCAUCAAAUACGCCUUUAAGUGGUUUACCGUUUUUUGAAAAUGUCGAUUUGAAGAAUCGUUCUGUCGUUAAUGUGUUCUUUAAUGAUCUGGUAUCAACACGAUAUCGUCGCGAUGUCUAUUUGAAUUGGCAAAACAUACUUGCUGCAUUUGGUGGUCUCCUCAGCCUAAUGUUAGGUUUCACACUCAUCUCUGGUUUUGACUUUAUUAUCUUCUUCACCUUCCAAGUGACUUUAGAACUUCUACGUCGAGAUAGGACAAAAAAUGCAGGGAAGAAUUCUAAAGAUAUAAAAGCCUAUGUUAUUAAGGUUGGAGAGAAACAUUGGAAGAAUCAAAAGAUGUACACUGAAGAGGGAAUUGAGAAAUGGCGUAGUACUAAUGUUAGGUAUUAG